AUGUCUGCCCAGAACUCUGCUGGCAUUCAGACACUGCUCGAUGCAGAGAAAGAGGCCCAGAAGAUCGUCCAGAAAGCCAGAGAGUACCGGACGAAGCGAGUAAAAGACGCCAAAUCCGAAGCCCAGAAAGAAAUCGAGGAGUAUCGACGGAAGAAAGAGGAAGAGUUCAAAAAGUUCGAAGCAGAGCAAUCGAGCGGAAACAAGAAAGCCGAAGACGACGCCAACAAGGAUGCGGAAAGCAAAGUCAAGGAGAUUGAAGCAGCGGGCAAGAAGUCAGGGAGCAAGGUCGUGGAUGACUUGAUCAAGACUGUUACCUCGCCGCAUCCCGAGGUGCCAGAGAAGAUUUCCAAGGAGGACUGA